UCUCUCCAGCUGUGAUUACAUCCUUGAUUGCCGUGUUCCUCCUUUGAAGAAGUAGUUUUAAAAUUCAGCACACAAAGUACUAUUCACUCUUAUUUUCACAAUUAAAUCUGCAAGUCAUUAAUACUGAUGCAUUUCUCUUCCUUCAGUAUUUGUUGUGGACCUAACUAUGCCUCUUAUAUUGCAGCUAUCUCACCAGCUUUAAUACUGUUGCAAGAAUUACACAGUUGCCACCUUUUACAGCAGGUAUUAUGCAGUUGCCAUCUCCAACUGUUUUGGCUCCACCCUAGGCCUCCGCUUACUUUCCCAAUUAAACACCGAAUAUUUUUCUAAACAAAAAAAAAAAAGGUUUAUUACACAUUAUAAAGGUACAGCUUAAGCUGGGUGCCUCCAAGGAGGGAUCCUGCCCACAGCUUCUUGGUUCUCUUCAUCCCCUUAAGCAAACUCCCCCCACCAUAGUCUGAUCCCUAUUAACCAAUCUCGUGGCUUCUCUUAUUCAUUUUCUAGUGGUCCAUUGGCGCUCCCUGUUGCUGGGAGGAGUUUCUUUAGGUUACCUCUUGUGAGGCUUAUCAGCAAUGGGGACAAUAUUCCUUGUUCUGUAAAAACAGGCUCCAGGUGGCCUUGACUGUGGCCUAAGGCUUCAACUACUUUAGUGACUAGUGCUAAAUGUUAUCGCUCUUGCUCUUUUCUUCUUACAGUACAUAAUGUUGCAUGUAAAAAAAUGAGACCUCUGCUAAAACGUCUGCUUCCAAAAAAAUUAGCAACAUCUUAAUUUAGGAUUGUAGGCAUAGUGUUUACACUAUUUGAAUAUAUCUUAAAAUUUAAUUACAUUACCACUUACUGUUAUAUCAGCAAUUCCCUGCCUCAUUCGCACCACAAAAAUUAUGUCUAAUUACCAGACAUUGUUACCUGUGAUGAAUUAUCUUUUAAUCAUUUGAUAUGUACAGAAGAGGGCUUUUAAAAAGCGCUAUUUAAGGCAUUGUCCAUUAUUCCAUCAUCUUUCCCUGGUGGCUCACAAACAUUACAAAACAUGUUUUCUAACUUAUUUCCCGGAUUCAGGAUGUGCUUAGUUAUACUUAACCGUGUGAACCUUUGGCAUACAGACAUCAAGAUCAACAGAAACAUCAUUCUGAAACUAAAGAAAAAAAACAUACAUUCCAGACAUGUGCAGCUUCCUGCUUGCUACUGUGCUUGAGCAUUAAUUGUUCCGAAAUGUUUGGCGCUUCUGGAAAAAAAACUGUAUGCUCUAAAGGUGCAUCUUACUGUGGCCAUUUUUUCUAACAACACGAUAAUUCUUGCCAUUAUUUGCACUACACGUGUUUCUUCACUCUAGGCUCUAAUCUGGUAUGUUGUUUUCUGGCCAUGGCAACCUGGGUGUACAUCUAAGAAUAAUGAGCACUGGAACACAACUCUCCCCUCACUCAAAAUUUGAUACAUCAGUGUGAAGUAUGCCAUCCAAGAAAAAGAAGCUGAAACAAGACACCAUAGGCGCAGGAAAAAAUAAGGAAGGACUAAGAACCAAGAAUGGAGAAAUAUCCAAAGGAAGAAGCCCCGCAGAAACACUUGUCAGAGAGAGGAAGCAGUAUUUGCAGAAGGAAUACAAAACCCUUACUGAACAUAUGAAUACAUAUAUGGGAAGAGUGGAACAUUUCCUCCAGGAGAAUGAUAUCCUAGAAAAGGAAGCUCAACAGAAUCAGGAAGAGAGCAAUGCUUACCUCUCCUACAUAACAAAAUACAGCCAGAAGUGCCAGAAUUUGAUAAUAACAUUAAAUGACCAGAAUCACACUGAUAUUUCUCAAAUCUGGAAGCAGAAAGAGAAGCUAAUCUCACACUAUACAGAAAAAGAGAAGGAGGUAAGGAACUACCUCAUGGAUAUGGAGACAAAGUAUUCUCUUAUGAACAAGGAGGUUGAAGAAUUGCAGCCUUUCAAAGACCUGCAGCUGGAACAGAUGAACAAGAUUAAGGACCUGGAGAAGGAGUUGUUGGUCACAAAGAUCCAGCAUUCAGAACAAAUGCACAAAAUCAAGAGCAGAUUUCUGCAGGCCAAGGCUGCUUGUGAGGUAGAGGCUCAUCAGAAGAUCCAGGUUCUGACCAAGAAAGCUGAAGAAGCAGCAGUACAAACUCUGAUUCAGCAUACCAAGCAAGUAAGAGCAGAGAACUGGCAUCUGCGCCAGGAAUUGCUCAACCUCAUCCAAUGCUCACACAUUCUUAAAGCAAUCAAGCUACAACUAAGGGAGCAGCAGCAGCAGCUUCUUCAGGAGAACCAGUACGGCCAGGACAUGGCACGCCUGCGUCGUUGGUUUCCCCAGCAUGAGGUACACGAUGCAGAUAGGCAAACCUACAGCUUUCAGAGCCCCUUCAGUUGUGUUCAUUAGCCUAGAAGAAACACUUCUCUACUCCUCACUUGUACCAAUUUAUCACUAGACAUAGCCAAACUGUCAACUGUUGCUACUACUAGUCAGGUAACAAAGUAUGCAGAAGUAAGGUGAAUGGCUGACAUGUUCUGUGGGUGGCUGAAUGGUUUGGUUUACAUAGCUUGUGUUCAGAGCAUAAUCCAAACACAUCUUAAAAGUAACCUCACAUUUAAAAGUAACCACAACAUCUAUAUUAAGCAGCUUUUGAAACUGCAAUCCUUUCAUUUCCCCAAAUAAAAUGAGAUUUUCACUCUUUGAGAACAGACUUUGAUAUUUCAUCAAUUAGUAAUUUUGCACCUGCAAAUUAUAUUCUUAGACCUAGUGAAGCAACCUUUGUUACUUUUCACUGUAAAUUACACCUAAGGAUACCAUAAUUUGAACUGAUGUAGGCCAGCUCCUACUUCCAGCAACAUUCAUUUUUCCAAAACUUCUAGAAGGCAAAGGCUUUAAUUUAUUUAACCUUUGAUUAGUCUCCAAAGAAGGUAAAAUAAAUAAGCAAGCAACUGAAUUCUUUAAUUAAUAUAUGUAGUCAAGAUAUUCAACCUUUGCUCAGAACUAUCAAUAAACUAUAUUCACCGAAUAUA